CAAAACAAGGGGAAUGGAAGUGAAUGUCACAAUUGAGAUUUGAGAUUCGAUGAUAAAAGUAUUAGAGCCCGGUUAAGAUAGAGCACCUUGUGAUUAUUAAUCAGUAGUUUUUUAUUGAUAGUAGAUCACUGGAUUAUCAGAUCAAAAAAUAAAAGUUCGUCAUUGUUCUGAGUAACUCGAACACUUGUUACUUAUUGACUGUAUUCGUUAACGUAGAUUGAUUGAACUUUCUCCUUUAAAUAUCCUUUAAAUAUUUCCUGCCCAUAAAAUGGCCUCACAAGCAUGGUGUCAAAAAGAAAAAGUGAAAAACAAAGCCUGGUUUGUUAGGAUUAUUCUAACAGUGUUUUACAGGACCAUUGAGAUAAUUUCAGAUAUGGUGUUUUGGCUUAUACACAAAAAGAAAGAAAAAACAAUUCUCCCUGCAUUUGAUAAUCUCCUCUUGCUAGAGAGCGCUUCUAGUCUGGCCAGGAAAAUCAGAACUCGUAAGGUAACCAGUGAAGAAGUAGUAAGGGUUUUCAUUGGCAGAAUCAAAACUGUCAAUCCAAUCAUCAAUUGUGUUGUUGACAAUCGAUUUGAGUUAGCAUUAGAAGAGGCUAAAAAAGUGGACCAAUUGAUUCAAUCUGGGGAAAAGGAUGAAAAAACUCUUGAGCUGGAGACCCCUUUUCUUGGAGUUCCAUUUACCAUUAAGGAUUGUUUUUCUGUGACAGGCUUACGCUACACUGCUGGCCUAGUGAAACGAAAAGACUUGAUUGGCCAAUUUGACUCGGAUGUUGUGGCUUUGAUGAAAAAAGCAGGUGCGAUAAUUUUGGCAGUUACCAACGUAUCCGAACUUUGCAUGUGGUGGGAAUCGAACAAUAAUGUAUACGGUCGAUCGCGGAACCCCUACGAUACAAAUAGAAUAGUUGGUGGUUCGUCUGGUGGAGAGGCCGCACUACUUUGUUCUGGUGGUUCUCCGUUCGGAAUCGGUUCUGACAUUGGCGGAUCCAUCCGUAUGCCAGCGUUCUUCAAUGGAAUAUUUGGACAUAAGCCUACAAGGGAAAUUGUCAGUAACUAUGAACAACAGCCAGUAGCUGAGAAAGUUUUACAGACAUUUCUGGUUACGGGACCAAUGAGUCGCUACUGUUGCGAUUUGAUGCCAAUGUUCAGAAUCUUAGCUGCUGGUAACAUAGAUAAACUCAAGUUAGAUGAAAAGGUUUCUGUUUCUAAACUGAGAUAUUUCUAUAUGGAAAGUUUCGGCAAUAUCCCGCUAUUGAGUCGUGUACAUCCGGAUUUAAAAGAGGCUCAGUUGAAAGUAGUGCGUCAUUUUCAGCAGGCUUACAACAUCCCUGUUUCGAAGGUUGAAAUGUCAAAAUUCUAUCACGCAAUGGAAAUUUGGUUCGUGAAAAUGAGUACUGGUGGUAAUCCGCCGUUUGUGGCGGAAUUGGCAAUGCGACAGGGCCAAGUUUCUGUUGGGUUAGAGUUGUUGAAAUUCUGUGUUGGACAGUCUGAUUACACCUUGCCUGGACUUUUUAUGGGGUUCUUGGAAAAAUUUAGCCUUCCUUCAACGCAUCCAACAUCCGUAAAAAUGUUGGCAAUGUGCGAUGAACUACGACGCGAGAUACAGGAAUUACUAGGUGAUGACGGCGUUCUACUAGUUCCACCACAUCCAACUGCGGCACUCUACCACAAUCAGCCGUUAACGAAACCACUCAACGCUGCCUACACAGCAAUCUUUAAUGUGCUCGGUUUCCCCGUCACGCAAGUCCCACUUGGUCUUGGUUCAUGGGGCGUCCCAUUAGGAGUUCAAGUUGUCGGCAAUUUGCAUAAUGAUCAUCAUACUCUGGCAGUCGCAGCUGAACUUGAACGGGCUUUUGGCGGUUGGGUAUCUCCUUCGGCCGUAAAUUGCUGAUUCAUUCCAUGGGUCUUUAACAAACCUCGGAAAAUGAACACAAAAUUCCUACUUUUAGCCUUAAAGGGUUUCUAUCAAGUCAAAGGAAGCUAUAAUUAUAAUGGCGCAAUUAAUAUAUUCCGCUUUCUUUUAAAAUCAAGGUGAUAAUACGAAACAUAAUUUCGUUAAUAUGUUUACCGUUAUCAUUGUGCAAUCUACUUAUAGCAAUACAAAUAAAAAAUUUAAAUAACA